AUGAAGAUAAGGGAAGAAUAUCGAUUAAAUUUCCAUUUUUUCGAACCUGUUUCGUUGGUGGCAAUGGCAUUAACCUCGAAAAGAACUAGAAGAAGGUUGUACCAAACUAAGCUCUGGAGUACAACUAUCUGUGCCAAGAGUACAACAGCUUGUUCUCCGUACAUCGCCUUCACCAACGGAAUGCCUAAAAUCAGCGUGUUAGGUAAAGUCGAUAGUGAAAGUCCGGUUAUUACCAAACUAAGGCUCCCUUUGGAACUUGUUUUGGCCACUAAUGUUAGCAUGAAAAGAGCAAGAAACUUCUGGCAAAAAUCGGCUAACACGAGCUUGAGAGAUGACUUGGAAGGACAAAAGCGGAAUGGAAAAAUUCGCGACGAAUUUGUUGAUGCCCGAGCAUUGAUCGGGCGUGAAUAUUUUCCAUCGUUUUAUGGAUAUGUAGGCUAUGAUCAUGGCCACAUAGAGGGGUAUGAUUGCAAUUAUAAUGUG